AUGUCAACGGAGCUGCUAUUUUGCAAGUCGAAGGUGUACGUGCACUGUAGCAAGAAGGCCGAGGACAACAUUGCUGGAUUCUUGCUGAUUACGAGGGACGCACAGCAACCAUCCCUUGAAGCCACUUUGUCAUGGAUUCCAGAGAGAGAGCUAAGCAAACUACAGCUGAAUGAGCUCAACCGAGCUGAUGGGAAUACAGCAAAGCUAGCAAAGAUCAAGAAAGAAUUAAUAUUGCAGGCGCAGUAUGCCGCAUGGGCGUUUUGCAUUAAAAUUAACAGCAUUUAUUCGAUUCAGUUCCGCGCACCAAGCCCUAGCGGUUGGUGGUAUGGUUCGAUUGCUAUCAACUCAAAAAACUCGCAUGACCAAGGAUCAAUUCCCAUACUGUUCUUUCAUGAUAAGGAGUGUGCGUCCACCCAGGCGAAGCAGAAGGCGUUGAACAAAUCUUUUGAUCCGUUUUCAGGAACAGACGUUUAUUGGGGCGCAAGCGACUUCCGAGAUGCAAUAAUGCAGCUUGUCGACUUCAAACAGACGCUUGUGGACCCCACGGUGUGGCUUGUUAACGCAACAUUAGACGAUCUCAGGAAUUUUUCACCACAAGACAAGAAAGUUGAGGCCGAAGCCAGCACAAAAGACUCCACCUCACCCAAAUUCUGGGAUAUGCUAGAUCAAGCCAGAUGGAACGUCAUGUCCAAAUUUGCUGACUUUACUUCGAAGUCUACUAACAAGGUGGUCAAUAUUUGGAGUCAGCACCCUUUGGUACAGUUUGUCGAUAAGCACAACAACAACCCUUAUGUCAAAAAGAUUAUGACCAAUCCCAAGGUUCAGGAAAUUCAAGAUGAUUUCGACUCUGCAAGGAUUUACCUUGCAAAGUGGGCAUUAGGAGUAAAGGAGCAAGCAGAGAAAUAUCAAACGGCAAACGGCCUCGAUGACACCUACCGGCGCCUUCUUUUCAAUGAGCUAGGAAGCGAUGGCGAGGAUGUCAAGUUAACUGAUGAAGAGCUCAAUAUAGCCAUGCAGAGGUCCCAUCCUCUAACGAGACAAAAAUGGGACUCUUUCUUUGACUCAGAAGGGCGGCUGCUCAUGACUGUGCAAGAGGUUAAAGACUACAUCUUUCAUGGAGGUGUUGCAGACAUGGAGCUAAGAAAGGAUGUGUGGCUCUUUCUAUUAGAAGUUUAUCCUUGGGACUCUUCUUUGGAAGAAAGGCAGGUGUUAACUCAAACAUUGAGGGAGAGCUACCGUGCAAAUUACAAAAGUAAAUGGGAGUACCGCCAACCGCAUUCAGAUGAAGACGAAGAAUCUUACUGGCACGAUCAAGUUCUUCGUGUUGAAAAAGACGUCAAACGUAAUGAUAGGGAUUUGUCCCUGUACAAGUACAACACCGAAACGGGUGAAGCCCCUGCCUCGCCCCAGCAAGACUUCGAUCAAGGAGCCGAACAAGUUGAUAGCGAUGUUUGGACAGUGAAGAACCCUCAUCUUCAAAGUCUCCGCAGUAUCCUCCUGAGUUACAACAUCUACAAUAAUGACUUAGGGUAUGUGCAAGGAAUGUGCGACUUGUUGUCGCCAAUUUAUUACAUUCUUCAGGAUGAAGAACUAUCAUUUUGGGCGUUUGUAAACUUUAUGCGCCGUAUGGAAAGGAACUUCCUUAGAGAUCAGUCUGGCAUCCGCGACCAAAUGAUGGCUCUGACUGACUUGUGCCAACUAAUGCUUCCAAAGAUGAGUGCACAUCUUGCAAAGUGUGAUUCCUCUAACUUGUUUUUCUGCUUCCGCAUGCUUAUCGUCUGGUUUAAGCGUGAGUUUGAAUUUGAAGACGUUUGCAGCAUAUGGGAAGUGUUUCUCACAGAUUUCUACUCCUCACAGUUUCAGCUUUUCUUCAUGCUCGCUGUGCUCCAAAAAAACAGCGCUCCUGUUAUGAACAAUCUUGAUCAAUUCGAUCAGGUUUUGAAGUUCUUCAAUGAGUUGAAAGGAACCAUGGAUUGGAGUGAUUUGAUGAUCCGGAGUGAGCUUCUGUUUGUUAAGUUCAAGAAAAUCAUGGAUACGCUUGAAAGGCGAGCAGAACUGGCGGAAUACACUCUUUUGACAAGCGAUGGGAGUGUCAUCAACGAAAGCUCAGCUGCGGCUAGUGAACAAAAUGCUUUGGCAACUCAAACUUCACUGAUCACCGAAAAUCUGAAACAGUUGAUGUCUAAGAAAAUAGUCAUCAAGAGAGAGCCGGCUAGGAAUAAGCACUCAAUUAGGUAG